AUGACGGACACCAAUUCUCAAUGGAUCGAGAUGAAUCUGCAACGUCAACGCAAGAUGCUGGAGGACAAGCAGAAGCAAAAACGUCAGCAAAGUGCGGGAAGUGUGCGAACGACCAUGACGCCAUUGAGCACCGGGUCCAGGUGGGCAGGCUACGUCAAUGAUUCUGAAUAUUUACGUGUAAUUUUGUAGAAAAGUGACCUUUCCAUAGACAACCUAUUUCCUACAAGAGCACGAAAAAUUUGAAUUCAUAUUAUUUUACCUAGCUUCAGUGCCACGUGGUUCUUUUUCCAGCACGAAAGACUUCCCAGUGGCGUUCGAGAGCUCUAUUCCAUUCGCACCGCUGGACACUUAUCACAGCAGCUCUUCUCAAUCGGCCAUGAACAAUUCUUCAAACAAUCCUCCUCAGCUUCCUGUUUUCCCGCCGCGUGUACACUCCACGUUUCGGGCUUCAGAUAGAGACUCACCGAAGUAAGGAAUAAUUACUAGGCGUUUCGGGAAGGGCGCGGUCCGUGAUAUGCACCUGCUACUUCGAAUUCUCAUUGAUAAUGAGGCAGUGGUGUGUAGCAGAAAGAGCAAGAAACAUCUAGAAAAGUGUGAAUAGCAGUUAUGAGCGCAACAAUUCUGUUUGAUUAGGCUUCUUGCACUUUUUUAACAGCGGGAAUGGAGAGCAGGGUAAAGUAGAAAUGUACAAUUCCAUUAUAGCAGCGCCUACAAUAAUACUUUGAAACAAGAUCUCAACAAGAAGCUGUCAGAAGUGAAUCUUUCAACGUGCGUCGGGUCCGAUGAGGAAGAAGCACUGAGUCCGUGGGAAGGAAGGGAAAUCGCAUUGGACCAUAUCCCCGGGGACGUUUUGCCGGAUUAUGACUACAUUCGGACCAACACUCUAAAGUAACUACAAUCAUUAUCCAAACGUAGUGUUCGCUCUAUUUUCCAGGUUUGUCCAGGAUACGGCCCCAGAAAACUGUCUCUAUAAGUGUGUGAUCACUCGACAGAAAAGUGGAAUGGAUAAGGGAAUGUUCCCAACAUACUUCCUUCAUCUGGAAGAGCCCACUAACAUGAACCAAAAAGGAAAGCUUUUCCUGUUGGCGGCCAGAAAACGUAAGAAGAGCACCACCGCCAACUAUCUGAUCAGCGCCGAUGCGACAAACUUGUCCCGAGAGGCCGACAGCUAUUGUGCCAAAGUUCGGUCGAACGCGUUGGGAACUCAAUUCACUAUCUACGAUAGUGGAUUGAGCCCGAAGAAGGUGCCUAAUCAUAAGAUGGGAAUCCGUUCCGAACUCGCUGCUGUCAUUUAUGUACGUUGCCACGUUAUUGACUUAGAUCACUGAAAAACUUGUCUAUUCAGGAGACCAACGUUCUCGGAUUCAAAGGUCCUCGCAAGAUGACUGUAAUCAUUCCGGGAAUCGAGAAGGGAUCCGAAAACGCCACUGGACAGCGUCACUUGAUUCGUCCGGUUGACGAGAAGGAUACUCUUCUGGAAAAGUUCCGCAAUAACGAUACCGUCAUCAAGGUCCUCAACAACAAAGGCCCGCAAUGGAAUGACGGUGAGCGCUGAGAACGUAUAGUUUACGUGAUUUUAUUCGUUUCAUCCAGAAACCCAAUCGUAUGUGCUGAACUUUCAUGGAAGAGUCACUCAGGCGUCUGUGAAGAAUUUCCAAAUUAUACAUAAAGACUCUGCGGAGUAUAUCGUCAUGCAAUUCGGAAGAACUUCCGACGACUCGUUCACCAUGGACUUCAGAUAUCCGCUCUCUCCGAUCCAGGCGUUCGGUAUCGCAAUGACCAGCUUCCAUGGCAAACUGGCAUGUGAAUAA